AUGAGCCACCUUGAAACGCUCACCCUGGAGAUCAAUGCCUACGACAAGGCACUGCACUCCCUCGAAUCACUCUACCAGGAGCUGGAAGACCUUUUGGCCGAGCUCCGCCACUGGGAAAGCGUCCUCGAGGCCGACGCCACCGCGACCCCUGAUCUUACCCCCGCCACCUCCAAAUGGUACAAGCUGAGUAUCCAGGGACUUAAACGAUACAAUCCAGCAAUUAACCGGUUUAAUAAGAAUGUGGUGAGCAAUCCCAAGUUCAAAGCUGACGUUGAUGACGCUUAUAUCUACAAAUUGCCCAUGGCGAACCACCCGCAGCCGCCACCAAAACUGCUGCUCGUACCGCUGGCUCCAGAGAAACUCCACUAUGAAAAUAAGCUUGAAUUGACCAAAGCAAUCGUGCUUCACUUGCUUAAAAACGGCCACUGUGAAGUGGUUCAGGAUUUAUUGGAUGAAGUAGUUGACGGUGGUGGUGGCCCUGUGAACGACGAAGCCCUCGCCCGUUUCCGUGAUUUGAAGCAUAUCCUUGACAGCAUUACUAAGCAUCACAAUCUUGCGCUGGCGCUUGAUUGGUUCGCUCAAUACUCUCUGAAUUCUGAUCGCUCGUGGUGUAUCGGAUUCAAGUUCCACGUACUUCAAUACGUGCUUUUACUCAACCAACCAGACAAACUGGCGAUGGCCAACGCUGCCGAGGCGUCUGCCUACGCUCAACGACAUUUCCCUCACUACUCUAAGCGGUAUUUCCAUGAGAUCGCAAUGUUGGCGCCUUUACUCGUAUACCAACGGGAACACGCCACCAACUUCUUUGCCUAUCUCCACAAAUCUCACUUGGUGCGGCUUCUGCUGAAUCUGUCGCCAGAACUGACGUUUGUCGUCGAUUUGCUUGACCGGUUUCAACAAGUUCACGACUACGAAGAAGUGUUUGUUAAUCUAGCCCACGAGUUUAUGCUGGAGUUUUGUGAACAGCUUGGUCUCUCGGAUGACUCGCUGCUUUUCCAAGCAGUGCUUGCUGGGUUUGUCUACAUGCCGCUGUUUUACAAAUAUAACCAGAUCCAGACUAAGCUUGGCAAGACGCCGCUGGAACCGGACUCAUCGCAGUUUGUCACUAACCUGAAGGGAGAGACGGUGGCUGCCUAUACUUACGACCUUCCGUUCCAGCUUUCCGAUGCUCCCCGCUUCCUCUGGCGAUACCACCCCAUAUUCAUCUGUCCCAUCUCCAAGGAGCAGCUCAUACCGAUCACUGGGGAAAGCGCUGCUGCAGGAGGUAAUGGUCAACCUCACGAUAACCCCGUGGUGGUUUUGGAUCACUGCCAGCACGUGGCGUUAAAGGAUUCAGUGUGGCAAUUACUGAAGAAGGGUGUCGAUAUGUUCAAGUGCCACUAUUGCUAUAAGAAGCAUAAGAUGUCGGAGGUUAAAGAUGCCUAUUUCAUUGAUCUAUGA